CACACACACAUAAUAGGCGUAAAUAAAUUAAUUAGUCGAAUAAUUACUUUCAUUAAAACGCCGGUGUUAUUUUUCUCUUGAAUGUGCUUUCGUAAUUUAUAAUCGACUUUUAUUAUCUUCGUACAAAUAAAUAGAACAUGGACAGGAUGGUUGUUGGAGAAUUGUGGGAGAAUCGUGUCUUUGAAGGGUACAUAGUACCAAAUACAUUGAAAAAGAGUCAUUAGUCGUGUUUGUGUCUGUGCCCUGUGUUUAUGGUUCCUUACGUGCGUCCUACUCCUCGUCAGCUGCCAAGCACGUGACGACGUGCACGAGUCUAACUCUAUCUCGUAAAAGCAUCGUGGGUGGUACCCAAUAAUAACGUAGGAUUAAUGAGGAACCGAACGAGAACUAUUAUAUUAUCCAAAAUCUGUGAUCGAUCGAGACGAUUUUUAUAUCGUGUUAUAUUGUGAAUGAUGCCACGAAUAUUCAGUUAUUGCAAAAGGGAGGGAAGAAGGGGAUGUGAUUUUACGACAGAAGGAGAACGUACGCGGACAUUUGGUCAAACACGGUGGGGUUGCUGUAAGAAAAUAAGAUAAAUUCUGAAAGGAAAGUUAACAUCGUCUCAAGACAAAUCGUUAUUGAUAGUCACGAUGGCAGUGAAUUCGUGGAUACGAAAAUCCAUUAACUCCCACGAUCCUAUUAUUGGCUUCGUUUUCGUUUACAUGACAUUGACGUUGACUAUAUUAUGCGCGUUCGCUACGAAUGAAACUACUACAUUGAGAGCGCAAACGACGAAGGAAUGUUUCGGUAUACGUAAACAAUCGAAGGGUGAAGUGAAACUCGCCGUAAUAGCUCCUGGCGAUCCGCAUCACGAACAGAGCUUGCCUAGGGUAUUGCCAGCUGUACUUUUGGCCGUUAAAGCUGUUAGUUCGCCGAAAGGACCCCUACCAGGAUGGAACAUAAAAGUCGAUCAUCGGGAUUCUCGUUGUUCGAGCACUUACGGACCAUUGGCAGCCUUCGAGUUUUACAUCAAUCAGACGGCAGGUCGCUUAGAGAUCGUCUACUCGUUUCUUUCUCCCCACUAACACCUUCACCUCACUACACCCCACCUUCUCCUGCCCCACCCCUUUUUAUCUUUUAUCUCCUCAUACACUUUUGCCUUUUUCGCCUUUAUGGCCUUUAUUUUCUCCGAGCGAGGUGACUCGCUGUAAUAAAUUGUCAUCAGACUGUAAAGGAAGAAGUUGCUUUCGCAGCAUAAAAGUCUCUCUCUCUCUCUCUCUCUCU